CCGACUCCAUCAUUCUCGAUCAUCCGCCAUUCCGCCCAACCACAAAGGCCAAACCACCAGCGCACUUGAGGACUUCUCACGGAAAUCAGAAGGACGACCACUUCGCCGCUGCUCUGGAGUGAAGCCGUGAAGGAUGGAAAGAGGACGAAAAAGGACUGAGCGUUGACCUCCGCCACCAAGCAUCAGCGCCAGCCGCCAGGCCGACACUGCUGACUGCCCCACCGCGACCAGCCUCCCCGAGUCCGAGAUUGAAAGGAAAAGCUUUGAUUCAUAUGAUGAGUACACAGAAUACACCCCACCAAAUAUUGCAAUCUCCGGCUAGACUCGGCCUCCCGCCACCAAACUCACCUUCUAUUCAAAACCCCGCCUCUCCUAAACAAUCCAAUACCCAUCUUUCUCAAUCUCACACCCGUCAACACCCAAACACCUUCUCGACAACAACAACCUCUCUAACCCUUCUGUCCCUCCUCCCCCCUCUGCCCAGAGCUCAAUCUCUCCUUACUCAAAUGGCUUCCCUCUCUUCCAGACUCUUUGAAGUUUCACCCAACCGCACCCAAUGGGUUAGUUCCUUCCGUGGCUCUCUCCCUUCCUUCUUACCUUCUCAUCAAAUCCCGCCACUUGACUCCUUCCCAUCUUCAACGAAACAAACCCUUUCUCUCUUCACUUCAUUACAGUCACAGCUGUUUGAGGCCGUUGCAGAGCUUCAAGAGAUCCUUGACCUUCAAGAUGCAAAGCAGAGGGUCUCCCGGGAAAUCCGUUCGGAAGAUUCCUCCAUUCUCUCUUUUGCCCAGAAGCUUAAGGAAGCGGUCCAAGUUCUGGACAUGCUAGUGGAUGACUACUCCGAUUAUCGCCGCCCAAAACGGGCCAAACUGCCCGAGGAGGAGGACUAUUCGUUGACGACCGUCACUACUCAGCUUAAACUGUCGGAUAUAUUGUCUUACGCUCACAGAAUCAGCUAUAGUACUUUCGCUCCACCCGAAUUUGGUGCUGGGUCUGGCCCACUCCGUGGGGCGCUUCCACCUGCCCCUCAGGAGGAGCAAAUGCGUGCCUCUCAGCUGUAUAACUUUGCUGAUCACGAUGUAGGUUUGCCCAAAACGGAUGAGCGUAAUGAGAAGAUACUUGAGCCGCUUGUUGACCCGGCAAUGGAGGAAGUCAAUCAUAAACAACUUCCCAUCCUGUCAAAUAUUGUGGUGCCUGAUGGAUGGGAACCCGGAAUGCCCGUGGUACUUCCCAUUGAUAUACCUCCCCCUCCACCGGGCUGGAAACAAGGAGAUCCAGUUCCCCUUCCUCCGCUUUCACUCACUCAGAAGGUGGAAGGUCCGCCAAUGCAACUACCUGUGGUGGUGCCUCCACAGGGCCCGCCAAAGAUGCCUGAAAUCAUACAGGUUCGGCAUGUGCAACUUGAUCUUACUGAUGGCAGUAGCGACUACAGCAGUGAUGAUGAAGCCAGCUCUGAUAGUGAAGAUUGAUUUUCAUAUGAACAAAAACAGAAAAUGUGUAUUUAUCUGCUCGUUUCUUCACACUGAGAUAUGGACUAAAAUAACCCUAUAUCUCAUAAGUACUUAUCUUAUCAGAUAUGAGUUAUUCUGCUAUCAACUUUAACCCCAUUUGACUCCAACAUAAAAGGUCCAUUGUCUUUGCAUUGAAAAGAUGAUCACCUUAGUUAUUGGUUGGACUGAAUAUUCGAGGUAUGAUGAACCUUUUAUUAGUGUAGAUCAAUGAUGGGAUUGCGCUUGAAUGUAUAAUAGAGAAUUCAUAUGGUACUCCUAAUGGGGAAACAAAGUAGCAUACUGUUGUUCCUUUGUAGAAGUGGACUUGAGCAUGCUGGUGUUCCAUUGUAGAAAACAGAAACUUCUUUGUGCCAUGUUGUACAGUUUUCAAUUCAUCAUCAUCAUUAUCCCAUCCCCUAUGGUGGGGUAAGGGCAGUGGGAUGUACGCAGUCUUACUCAUGUACUAAAGCACAUGUUUCCAGAUGAUCUGUAGUGAAAAUCCCGUCGAAAAUUGCAUGUACUGAUUGCUGUUUCUUAACAAAGAAGCACAUCUUAGUGCGCCAUUUUGCUUCAUUUCAUUAUAUUCUCAAGCCAAAAAUAGUGAGUCUUUGCUCCACUGCAAACGAUGUAUAUUUUUCAAUUGUGGAGAAAAAAUAUAUCGAGCAAUUGCCUGUCGAUUCAAGACUCG